AUGGCCAAAAAGAAGAAGGCCUCGAAGAAAGGGGCUGAUGGCGGCAAGAGCAAGGAUGCCAAGGCUUCCAGUGAGGCGACGCCAGCCGUCAACCCGCCGAGCAAGGAGGAGCAGCUCUGGGCCGCUCGCUACAUGAUCAGCGAGCAGCAACGCCGUUCGCACAUGUCCAAUGCCUCGCUUCUUGUCAAAGCAAACGCCUCUCUAGAGGAGCGCAUGCAGGAGACCGAGCGUGACACCAUCGAAGUCGUUGCCUUUCUGCAACGAGAGACGGCUCAGCUCAAGGAUGAGCUACGCGCUGCCAAAAACGCCCUCAAAGAUGUUCAACUAGACGCGCAGAAGCAGGUGGACCGCAUCCGAGACGAAUAUGACGCCAAGUUAAGCGCCAUGGAACAAGAUGUCCAUGACAAACAGCUACAAAUUUCGACACUCAAUAGCGAACUUCAAGCCGUCAAGGUUUUCCGACAACAACGAAAUGCCAUGGAGCGCGAGGUUCGGGAGCUUCGGCAGCAACAUGACAAGCUGGCCGCUGACUACGCUCUUCGCAUGCAACAAAUGCAGACCAAGUACCUGGAAGAGAAGGCUCGCCAACAACAACUGCACGAGGAACAGCUCCGGGAGUUGACCCACCGUGCUCAUGAUGCCGCUGUCCGGAGCCUCGAUGUGUCAACCAAGUCGAUGUAUGAGGAUAACCUGCAGCUGGAAAAGGCUGUCAAACUUCACAUGCAAGAGGCCAAACAACUCAAGCAGGUAAAUCGCCAACUCAAGGAAGAUCUACAAGCACAGACCUCGGCAGCCGAGGAGUACCAAGGACAAGCGAGCGAGGCGCAGGCCAAGCUCCACCGCCUCACACGAGCCCACGACGAGCAACAAACAAAGAUUACGGAAUUGGAGAACACGCUGACCAACACCAUGCAAGAGCUUGCCGACUCUCGUGAUGCUCAUAAAGCAUCCGAGUCAGUUGGGGCCCUUGAGCACCAAACCAAACUGGAUGCAGCCCAACAGGCCUUGAAUAUCAAACAGGCCGAGCUGAAGCAGAUCAAAACGCUCGCGCGCAAUUUGCUCCACCAGCGCACAGAGGUGGAACAGUUCUUCUUAGAGUCCAUAGCGCUUGUCAAGGAGGAGAUCAAGCAAGCUCGCAUCGAUUAUCUCAGGGCCAACAAGCGCACCACACUGCCCUCCAUCCACCCUGACCGACGAAUCCGUGAAGAGUUUGAGGCGGCGGAAACGGUUCCAGAACAUAUUCUCAAGGUCGACAUCAAGACCAUGACGUGGGAACAACGUCAACAGGUCCUCAAAUACCUGCUGGCCAAGAUCAACGGCGCCUCGGACGCCAAGCAAAAAGCGGCUGAACAGCGACGGGAGCGGGAGCGCGUCAAUUCUGGGCGAGCACGCUCGCAUCGGGAAGGGUCGGGUCGCUCACAACUCAAUGCCACUGCCCCCCAGCUUGCACUGCCUACGGGCUCCGGGAGCCGUGCUGCUGAACCGCAAGCAAGUGACGCCUCUGCGGCCAGUUUCUUCCUGACUGACCUGGCCGUAUAG